AUGCCGGGAGCUUCAGUCUGUUUCAACUGCAAAUCUCGUCGCACACCAUGUGUAAGCCAGAGCGGUGAUGGCGCGAGACUGCAGUCGCGUCGGCGCCUAGAAUCCGACUCUCCGAGAAAUAGCAGCAGUGAGGCCCCUACGUCUAUGCCUUCAUAUCGAUUUUCAUCGGCUUCCACGCAGGGGCAAGAUUCAGGCGCCCCGCAAGCUUCAGAAGUGCUGGAAAACAGUGUCACAGAUCAACGAGCACCCUUCCUCGCGGUUCUGGGCCCGUCUGGACUCUCCAAGUCUCCCACGACGGAUGAUGCCAGUGCGUCAUCUCGGUCACGUCUGGCCAGGGACAGCAGUAUGUCUCACUCGUCAACAGGUGAUCGUAGGCCAUCUCGUGUUUCCAGCAGAUUGCCUGAGCCACUCUCAUCCGGCCAGGGGGAAAGUAUAUGCGAGACACUACGUGCAGGAUUACCUUCCUACGAUUCUAUCAUGGCAGUUGCGUUGGCGCACAAAGGCUGGUGGGUUCGAAUACACAGAGCUGUUCGUGGCAUGUAUGACGACACGAUUGAGUCUUUCCCAGACUUCGUCAGGCGGGUCUACACGAGCGACCGGCCUUCAGAACUGGGUAAGAUGGCGAUUGCUUUCGCUUUCACUUCUGAUCUUGAUGGAUUCUCUAUCUACAACUUGGUCGACCGUCUCGUUGUCUCUGACAUGGCGUAUAUGUCUACUGUGGAAGGCUUGGAGAGCCUGAUCUUGCUGGCCAUUCUGUAUGCGGACGAGGGCCAGCCCAGAAGAUCAUGGAUGAUCUAUCGCAGAGGAGUAGUGGUCGCACAGUUAACGGACCUGUACCAGGCUGGCCUCCGAUCAACAGUCAAGAGACGGCUCUGGCUGUCCCUUUACCAAGCAGAUCGCAUGAUGAGCAUGUUUCUCGGGCUGCCGUACGGCUUUGUCGACAUGCAUCACCAGCAAAUCCUAGAGGCGAAGCCCGAAAAUGACUACUUGGAUUCGACCAUGAUCAUCCGCUGUGCGACGAUAGCCGGGAAGGUCGUUGACCGAAACCACUCGCGUACAAAGGCUUCCAUCGCCAAGACACUGGAACUGGACGAGGAGAUGAGCGAGCUUGCAACGUCUUUCCCAGAAACCUGGUGGGAGCUUCCUGACCGGGUCCAAGCCGAUGGCCACGAUUUCGACGAAAUCCAUAUCCAGCUGCACCAGCAACUCUUCUUCUUCCACCUGCGACUCUACAUUUACCUACCGUUCCUUAGCGGUUCUGAAGGAAACUCUGUGCACGGUUCUAUCGUGCGCGUCGCUAGCAUGGAGGCUGCACGACAGCUGCUGAGGCGCUAUCUGAGCCUACAUAGUGACGCAGAGGCGCUGAGCCCGUCUGAGUGCAAGCUCGUGCACUUCAUGGCAUUUACCGGGGCCAUUGUCUUACUCCUAGGUUGCUCACGCUCCUCCGGCCCAAGGGUGCCAAGUGAUGGGGAUGACAUCGAGGCUGUGCUGUCUUUGAUUCGGUGCUUGCAACGCCAGGAGAAUCAAGACAACUGUCCCAUCGCGUCGCAGUGUCGCAAGACGCUUACGGUGCUGCUGUCGAGAUCGAGCACGGACGAAGAGGUCCGCAUUCCGUUCUUUGGCACAGUCGUCAGAAAAGGCGAUCAAACCGUAGAGCAGGCCACUGAAGCUAAUCAAGGCUUCAUGACAAACUUGAAUACGGGUGAUAGCCAUGCUUUACCUGCUGGCCAACCAUCCUCGUCGACGACUGGUACCAACUCUACUCCCGCGACUGAAGACCUGACGCUACCAAGUUCUGCGUAUUCGGAGGCACCGUGGGGGGUGGAGCACAUGCCGGAACUGGGCUUCCUGUCCUAUCUAGAGGAUGUAUCGGCAGAUUUCGACACGGGCUGGGAGUUCAUCAUGGAUCUCGACAGCUUCUGA